AUGCUAAUCGGUUGUCCGGUGACCAUUUACGGAUAUGUGAAUAACUUACUAAGUUUGUCGUUCAUUUAUUCAUUUCUUGGUUCUGCCAUAUUUUCUUCAUGCACUUUACUUGUUUACAGUUUGAUAAGCACAAAAGUUGUUGGAGUUGUGAGUAUUCAUAAGGAAUCUGGCCUUAUACGUAUUGGAUAUUUAACGUUUUGGGGAAAACGACGAAAUGCAAUUCUGAGUGCAGAUCAAAUUAUCCCACCGUCAGAUAUUAACGAUGAACCGGAAAAGAAUAAGUCGAGUUCAACUAUAAAGCAAACAUUCAUCCUUACAAAAGUCAAAUCAGAAAUAAUAGACAAAGAGAAGUUUAGACAUAUUUUUGGAUUUACUUGGUAG